AUGAUCCCCUGGUCGAUCUUUCUUAACACCUACGACUUCUGGCUCCUGCAUCGGCCUGGGAAGAGCAUCGCCAAAGCCAACGCCCUCAGCCGCCUGCUGCUCGAGGGACCCGAUCCCGACCCGUCCCCGGCCCACAACGUCCUCCUGCUGGAAACCCUGCCGGAGCUGCCCCUGCACACAGUGUACAUUGCCGCCCACAUGGCGAAGGACCAUACCCUUGCCCGGGUUCUCAACUGGGUGGGGAAGGGGUGGCCAGCAACCCAGCCGGAUGGGGAAUUCAAGCUGUUCACCACCCGCCAACACGAGCUGUCGUUACAAAAGGACUGCCUGCUCUGGGGGAGCUGGGUCGUGGUCCCAGCCAAGCUCCACACAAGGGUCCUGGAGGCACUACAUGCCUGCCACCCGGGGAUCGUGCCACUUUAUAGGCUGGGAGGAGAAAAACAGCUGCCUCCUUUAUCUGUGUGUAAUGACAACUGCAAGCCUGGUAACAGCAAGAAAAAGAAGGAAGGGGAGCCGUUCUGCUGCUACGAUUGUGAUCCGUGUCCAGAGGGGAAAAUGUCAGACAAAGAGGACAUGGAUUCUUGCAUGACUUGCUCUGAAAGUCAUUAUCCUAACCUGGGACAAGAUCAAUGCAUUCCCAAGAUUCCAAAUUUUUUGUCCUUUUCCGAACACUUGAGCAAGAUUUUAGCCUUUUUGGCUCUCUUCCUUUCUCUUAUCACAGCCCUGGUGAUCGUAAUCUUUGUCAAGCACAAGGACACCCCCAUUGUUAAAGCCAACAACCGGAGCCUCACCUACUGUCUACUCAUCUCUCUCCUUCUCUGCUUCUUCUGCUCCUUGCUGUUCCUCGGACAGCCUAACAAGGUGACCUGCCUCCUCCGACAAACGACUUUUGGCAUCAUCUUCUCAGUUGCAGUUUCUUCUGUCUUGGCCAAAACUGUCACGGUUGUGGUGGCAUUUAUGGCCUCUAAGCCAGGAAACAUUUUUCGAAAGUGGGUGGGGAAACAAUUGGUAUAUUCUAUUGUUAUCUUUUGCUUCUUUGUUCAAGUUGUCAUUUGUGCUGUUUGGUUGGCAUCUUCUCCUCCCUUCCCAGACGUGGACACACAUUCAUUCAGUAGAGAAAUCAUCGUGCAAUGCAAUGAAGGGUCAGCCAUCAUGUUUUACUGUGUUUUGGGCUACAUGGGCUUACUGGCCUCAGUCUGCUUCAUUGUGGCUUUCCUUGCCAGAAAGUUGCCCGACAGUUUCAACGAAGCCAAGUUCAUCACCUUCAGCAUGUUGGUCUUCUGCAGUGUUUGGUUGUCCUUUCUCCCCACCUACCUCAGCACUCAAGAAAAAGACAUGGUGGCCGUGGAGAUCUUCUCCAUCUUCGCUUCCAGUGCUGGCUUACUAGGCUGCAUCUUUUUCCCCAAAUGCUAUGUGAUUAUCCUGAGGCCUGAGUUGAACAAAAGAGAGCAACUGAUCAUGAAAAAGGAUUAA